AUGAGCAUAUUUAUUAUACCCCGGUCGGGCACGUACUACGGCCACUUCGAGUUUGCCGUGGUGAAGUCUGGGAGGCAGCGGUCAAAGCUUAAGGUGACGGUUGCCGAUGAGCAGCACACACGCCCUGUGUACGUGACGAAGGGCACAUGGCCCUCCGGGAACAGACUCGCGUUGCCGCCAGGUAACUACCGUGUUCGGGUGGAAUUGCUGCUUCCGCGCCUUGACGGCUCGUCCCUUUUGCUUGAUGCCCUUGAGCGGAACUACUACGUCGUUAAGCAGCGGGACAUUGGGCCAGCGUCCGCCACGCCCUUGUUAGUGCGGCCCCUGCGGGAGGAGUUCGCGCUGCGUGACGGCCAUGCGCAGCAUCUUGGCACGCUGCUGACCGCUGCAACACCUUUUUCCGCCGAUCAAGUGAACGGAUGCGAGGUAGCAACACCGUUUGUUUCCUUUGCACCUUCUCACAGGAGCACGCCAAAUCACGACGAUCGCUCCUACUCGUUGCCAAAUUUUUUGGAGAGGGAUAUUGCUGCCGAGGGGGAAUGCGGCAAACACAUAGACGCCGCCGUGGAGGUGAAUCGUGGUUCUUCUCUCAACAACAACAGUAGCAACAGUGCUGAGCAGGCUGAUGUGCACGCACGUGAUCCUGCGUCAGCAGAGGUGCUCUUGGCAUUCUCUCAACGCUUAUCAAGGCGGGCGACACCGUUCUCGAUGCCGAUCUAUUCGCAUUUGGAUAGUGAUACGGCAGCACAGCUGUCUCACCCGCACUUUGCACGAGAACCAAUGCGGGCACCAUCGCAUGAGUACCAACAGUCGGGGGAAACUGGCGGAGGCACAAAAGCGGCGCUCCCCAGAAAUGGUGUCACUUCGAAUUUCACACCGUCCUCUGCCAUGCCGUGUAUCUGGGAAUUGCCCCCAACUCCAGAAAGGGGGGCUGGUCUGAAUGCCGAAGUUAGCAGUCUUGACCAGGCGUCUGAAGUUUUGACUGAGGGGCAACAGGAUCGGGACAACGCACCAAUGCAUGUGUUGUACAGUCGGUCUGUAGAGCCAUCUCGUGAUGUUUUACGGCCGCAGACGUUGCGGGCGUUCUCCGUACGGUCGUCUGAAGCAGGUAUGCCAGGACAACUCCCACGCGAUGAUUUUGUGGAGUGUUCCGCCGAGGGAAUUAGUGUGGAAUCAUGUCAUAAUUAUUCUACCCAGUCGACUCGUGCGUCUGGGUCUCUCCGACUUCCAUAUGGAGCGGCAAUGCCGUUUCUGAAUGAAGCUGUUGGGAUUUGUUCGCUAAAUGGGAGGCAUCCGGAGUCUCCUGCAUGCCUGAGCACCCCAUUGGCGAAGCCGUCAAGCAAUCUCACGGCGGGUGGUAGUUGUGACAUCAACACCCCUGCGUCUUCUUGGGGCCCGAUGCCCGCCGUCUUGCACCGUGAUCCUACCCCUGCCGAGGCGCCUGAGGUGUUCUCCACCCCGCGAGAGCGCCUGCCCUCUAAGGGUGAGUAUUCAAAUAACUCUGCGCUUCCAACUUCAAUGCUAUCCUCCACGAUUGAAAAGGAAGAGGAGGCCUCUCCUAUGAGUGUUGCUGGUAGCAAUCAUUGGAGGUCGUUUGAUCGGAGCAGCACACAACUGACGAGCCCGCGUCUGUCUUCUUGCAAAUACGGCCCUAUGUUUGUUGUGCCGCCCCCUGACGUGAUUGACGUGCACAUUCCUUUCUCCUUUGCACUCGCCUUUGGUGUCCCCAACGCCAGACCCGUGUCAAAAUCCAUUUUUUUGAAUGUGCUGGUUGAAGAGGAGACGGAAACUGGAGUCAAGCCACCAGAGCCCAUGAUUUGUGUGGUACCUUCUGCGUUGGCAGAGGUGCCGACAAUUGCAAAGGGAAUAUCCAGUGCUUGGGUGUGUUCACCUUCUAUACGUGCUGAUGAAAGGCGUGGCGUAAUAGAGUUGCUGGGUGGUGCAGUAGGUGAGCCGCGCAACGGUAUGAUCAUCUCAACUGUGUGCGUGGGCCCUUCGUGGAAUGGACUUACACUCUCUGGCAUUCAGUUCGUCCUGGACACCUUUGACGAGGGAGCCAAUGCGUGGCAGUUUUUCGUGAGCUUUAGAGAAAUCGAGAGCAUUGACGAUGAGGUUGAGAAUGAGAAUGGGGACGGGACGCUGGGAGAGGACGGAGAAAGCAGUGCCAUCAUACAUGAAAAGAACAUGCAUAUGUCAAACGUGGAUGAGCGCGCACUUGGUGCGGAGGUGUUGUACAAUUCACUGCCCUACAUCCGCUGCUUCAAGAACGAAAACGGCGCGGUGAUGCUCGAAGUGCACCGCAAGAGCGCUGUUGUUGCAUGCGACCCCGUCCAGAAAAACUCGAGGAUUGCUAUGUACUUCGGCACAGCCACAACAAAAACUGGCGUGGAGCAGCAACCAUACAUCUCCGUUCUUGUGGAUUAUCGUACUGUGUUCUUUUCUUCGGUUCGUGAUGAGAAAAUCCCCGAGGUACUUCAUACCAUCAUGAUGAGCAGCGUUGAGUCGAUGCAUAAGACUGGACGGGUCGCUUUUGUGCGGCUGCGCGAGGUGGAGUUCCUGUCUCAGCAGCACAGACUUGUGGCAUUCGCCGAUGAGGUCAUUCUGAAUAACGAAAAAGCGAGCCGAUUUGAGAGUAGUGGGCGGCAAAAGCAGACGUGUGGUGACGGAAGGCAGGGAACCCUCGCUGCGUGGGUGGCUGGGGAGAACCCUGGACUUCAAGCGCNAGCCGAUUUGAGAGUAGUGGGCGGCAAAAGCAGACGUGUGGUGACGGAAGGCAGGGAACCCUCGCUGCGUGGGUGGCUGGGGAGAACCCUGGACUUCAAGCGCGGCGGCGCGUUGCUUUUCACUAAUGUACCGUUUCUUUGGGGCUGGAGGAACGCGUCGCGAACAGGCAGAGUGCCUAUGGAGGCAAUGAAUGGUAAACUGCGGUUAAGCAGGCAUGCCGUUUAG